ACACAUUGAAAGUUUCUAUGCUGCAAUCUACUAAGCAUGAUUAUGCCGUUUAACUAGUUCAUUAAUAAAGUAUUCCAAUAACUGUCUCCGACUAAAUUAUUGUUAAACAAAUAGUAAUAUCAGGAGCAUGUCUUUUCUGGCACUACAAUUUACCAGUGAAGGGUCUUCUUGUUGUUAAAGCUUAAAACCCAGAGAAACAGCAAGAAUCCUGCUCAAUCAUUUAUAAAAAAUGUUUUCCUUUCCAAUUUACAAGUUUUGUUCUCUGAAUUAGUUUGUUGAGCUCUCACUUUCUUUAGAUUGAUCGGUGCCUUAAGCCGAUCAGUUGUUGGGGGGUCGUUAGUUAAGUGAAACAAUCCAUUGAUUUCAGUAUAAGCAACAACCCCUUUUUAAUUUUAGUUGGAAAAAUCUCCUUUUUAAGUGAAAUGGGAUCAUUUCUUCGUUUGGGUUUGUGGAAAAAAGCUUCAAGGAUAAGAAUUUAAGUUGCUUUCGAGAUGGGUUUGGUUGAAAGUUUAGAUUUUUAUCGGCUAAAGAGGGUGAAUUUGAGGUUCUCGUCAAGAAUCUGCUUUGGAUUGUGGUUAGCUUUUGCUGUUUUUCAUCCAGUUCUGGGGCUGCGGCCUUUAAGGGAGAGAAGUCAAUCAUGGGGUGAUGAGUGGCUUUUCGUAAGAAAAGAUGAGAGCGAGUUGGGCCCUUUUUCUGCAUGGAAUAUAACAGGAACAUAUAGAGGGUCGUGGAGAUUUCUGGACUCCACAAAUAGCUCAUCCAGGUUUCCUGAUUUCAAGAAAUCCAAUGGAAACUCUGUCCUUGAACUAAUUAGCACUCCAACCAAAAUAACUGGUGUACAUUACGUUCAGGGUGUAUUAAUCUUCCAUGAUGUUUAUGAUAAUGAACGUGAAGCUGGUGGUGCCCAAAUUCGAAUAGAAGGGGUCUAUAUAUGGCCAUUCAGACAACUCCGACUGGUAACUUAUAGUGGAAAAGAGGGCGAGUUUGGCCAGGAAGAUGACUAUAUACUAUCGAAUCCGUAUCACUUGCUUGGAGUUUUCUCAUCCCAGGUGUUCCAGGAGUCUCCACGUGACAAAAUUUGGAAAAGAAAACAUUCACCCAUAUAUGAAAUGGAGAAACACUGUAACAUUGAAAUUGCGGCUCAAAUAUCACAUAUGUCAUCCACUCAAAAUGAUGGAGACCAUGAUAGAUAUCAUCUUGAGGGACUGAUGGAAAGCCCUUCAGUGGAUGAUGAUGGAGAUUGUUUCUCACCCAUUGCUUUGAAUGCCACUUCUGUCAACAUUGAGGUUUACUACAACAAAGCAGUUAACUACACCUUGAUGGUCACCUUUGUUUCUUUCCUUCAAGUUCUUCUGUUAAUUCGACAAAUGGAACAUAGUAACACUCAAUCAGGAGCUGCCAAAGUGUCUAUACUGAUGAUAGGGCAGCAGGCUAUCAUGGACGCAUAUCUUUGUUUAUUGCAUCUGACAGCUGGAAUUCUAGUUGAAUCUCUAUUCAAUGCUUUUGCAACUGCAGCUUUCUUCAAGUUUGUCGUGUUCUCAAUAUUUGAGAUGCGUUACCUUCUUGCCAUAUGGAAAGCAAGUAGGCCUAUGAAUAAUGGAGAGGGAUGGGAAGCAAUGAGACGUGAACUAUCAGUUCUUUACAGUCGUUUCUAUGGAAUCCUUUUGGGUGGGAUUUUGAUCACGUAUGAGUUCCACAAGUUUUUGCGGCUUAUUCUUUUGCUUAUGCACUCAUUUUGGAUACCUCAAAUUGUCACUAAUGUGGUUCGAGACUCGAGAAAACCACUGCAUCCUCAUUAUAUCAUAGGAAUGACUGUAACUCGGUUAGCAAUUCCAUUGUACGUCUUUGGCUGCCCUCACAACUUCAUGCGAAUAGCGCCUGACAAGAACUGGUGCAUCUGUUUGGGUAUUUUUAUGGGCUUCCAGGCUUCAAUUCUUCUUCUACAACAUUACCUUGGUUCACGGUGGUUUAUUCCCCGACAGAUUUUACCUGAGAAAUACAGCUAUUAUAGAAGGUUUGAUCAGGAUCCAAACCAUGCCACAGACUGUGUCAUUUGUAUGACUUCAAUCGACCUUACUCAACGCUCUAAUGAUUGCAUGGUUACACCAUGCGAUCAUUUCUUUCAUUCGGGCUGUUUACAAAGAUGGAUGGACAUAAAAAUGGAGUGCCCAACCUGCAGACGUCCUCUUCCACCAGCUUGAGGAGAUUGUAUGACCUUUCCAUCCAUUUUUUCAAGGACCAACUGACAUUGCUCAACCUGCUAACUGGGAGAAGGCAGCUUUCUCCUUUGCACUUGAGAGCUCAUUGCAGAACAUGUUGGAGGAAUGGACCAGAUUCGGCUUAUUACAUAUUUGGAAAAAGGGCGAGAACUAGGUGUAGUUAUGGAUGCACUUGCUGACCUGCAAAGUUGUAUUGUGAUGUACAUUAUAGUAGUGUAACAUUUUACUGAAAAUUGAUGAUUCUUCUUACUUUUUUCCCAGCGUUGUCAUUUUCCCCACCCAAGUUUCAUAGGUAUUGGAGACCUUAGGUGAUCCCUCUAUGGGGAAAGAAAAAAAAGGGUACAGUUCUAAGCUUACAAUUCAAGGUAGGUGCAUUGGUGUAUAUUCAGUUACAGGAUUGAUAUGAGAGUAAUGGACUAAUAGUCAUUUUUCAC